AUGGAUGAAGAGGUUGUUCCUCUAGGUCACGACGUACAAGUCGUCGACCCAGAUGUUCGCAACUAUGUUUAUGGCCUGGUCACCGCUCUCGGAGGUUUCAAUGGUGAACAUGCCGAUCGAUAUGUACUCGGAGAUGACGCCCUGGCCUGCUUACGCGAUAUCAAACGCUGGCUCAAACUGUACGAUGAAAAGAACAAUCGCAUGGACGUUGCGCGGUGCCUGGGAGAGGCCAACGUGAUCAAUGGUGAUCUACUUCCAAUCCUCUCCCUCUGGUGGGCAACCGGGCAGAAGAGCAAGCAUACGACCAGGAUUGCGCUAGCGUGUUUGGAGCUGCUUGUUCCUCUGACAUGGCCGCUGGAAUUUCACAGCCAGAUGACAGUCAACCACCAUCGCCACACCCCCUACCUUCUCCAAGCGCAAGUGCAGUACAAGCGAGGCGUUCUUAAAGCUGGCGGCUCGAAUAUAUUGCGCUCCGUUAUCCGAAUCGCCCUUCCAAGCAUGGCGACCCCUCGAUCCGAACGUGAAUCCCGAGAAGAAGGUAUCCUCAAGUUGAUGCUGUACUUCCUACGAAAUAUUGCGAUCAUAUCCCCGAAUACCAGACUUGCGGGAGAAGGUGACGAGGAGGAGACAUCCAGGUCAGCGACUAUCAAUGCUUUCCACCAGCAAGAUGCCUUUGCCCUCCUCCUGACCAUGUGUUCCAAUGUCGGCGAGGAUUUUAACCUUCAAGACAUCGUUCUCUUGGAGACUUUGUUCCACCUUGUUAAAGGUGUCAAUGUCGAGAAGCUCUUUAUGGACGAAGAGAAAAAAAGCGGCAAAGGGAACAACGACUUGGCUGCUAUCUUACAUAAAGAGAACAUGGUACGAAGAGAAUACCAAAAGAAUGCCCCCACACGCCAUAAUAGAUUCGGUACAAUGAUAUGGGUCAAACGAGACGAAGGGAAAGUGUCCACUGUCUCAGGACAAAGUGUAUUGCGCGACGAUCAGACCACACUUCAAAAGAUGGACCAGAGCAAAAAGUGGAACAAGCCUAAGCCUCGCCGCAAGCAAGAAGAUUCGGUACAAAACAGCAACUUCAACAUGCCCGCUCAUCUCAAUUCCGAAGCCACUACAAAUCUGAGAACUUUCGUGGAAGAGUUCUUGGAUUCCGGUUUCAAUCCCCUCUUCACCCACGUGCGCAAAGCAAUCGAGCGUGAGGCUGAGCGAGUGCUGGACAUCAAUACCCGGCAGUUCUUCUAUACUGUAGGCUGGUUCCUGGAAGCAGAGCGAGUCCGCCGGGCUCGACAGACCCGCCAACGCACUGCACAAAAUGGCGGUAAAGCCAAAGACAUUGAGCCUGAUAGCUAUGGCUUGGUUGCAGGCGUUCUUAACCAAGAGACAUUCGUCUCUCUUAAUCGGGCGAUGCAGAGCAGCCUGGACAACAAAGAAUGGGAAGAUCUCAAUGCUCAAAUGCGUUGCUUCACGCAGAUUCUCUUGACUGUUCAAGAGAUGGCAGCAUCACCACUUGACGAAGACCAAGAAAUCGCGGAGAAUAUUCAAAACCGAAUUUUCUACGAAGAAACAACCCACGACCGAAUUCUGGCUAUUGUGCGUGGAUAUAAAGACCAAAGCUUUGGUUACUUAGAUGCCUGCACAGAGCUAUCACAUGUCUUCUUGCGGAUGUUGGAAAGAUACUCCAAAGAUAACGCCGACAUGCAAAUUCGCUCGCGACGCAAAGCCAGGCGCAAGCAGAAGAAGGCCGACAAAGCUGCUCAACAAGAAGGAGCGGACAACGACGAAGAGCGUGACUCGGAAGACGAAGAUAUGGAAGAAGCCGCCCAGGUCAGCAAGGAGCGUAAUUUCGACUUCAAGCGAUUCGCGGCCAAGUUCUGCAACCAGGCUUGCGUGGACACAUUUAUAAAAUUCACCGAGUUCUACAAAGAACUGAACGCUGAACAACUCAAACGCGCUCACCGUUACUUUUACCGCAUUGCGUUUAAGCAGGAGAUGACUGUCUUGCUGUUCCGUGUUGACAUCAUUAGUCUUUUCCACCGAAUGAUCAAGGGACCAGGGCCUAUGGACUCCAGUAUGCCGGUUUUCAAGGAAUGGGAGGAAUUGACCAGGCAAAUUAUUCGACGCCUGAUUAAGAAGCUCGAUCAGCGUCCUGCCUUGAUUACUGAGCUGCUAUUCAGCAAGAUCAACUCCACGGUUUAUUACCUUGAGUAUGGGCACGAAAAGCAAACGAUAUCGGCUUCCAAGCGACCACCACCAGAGCUUGUUAUCACAUCGACAGAGGCGACUACAAAAGAGUCAAAACUCCACAUUGUGGUUGGAGCACUGGUUCUCGACGGAAGGGCGGAUUUGGUGAAAUGGAUUAAAGAUGUCUUAAGCUCCGCGGCCUCUGAGCGAGAGUCAUGGGAAGCACAAGAAGAAGCUCGUCGCGCUGAGAAUCCUGAGACCGUCAGCGUUCCCAACCCAAUGAUCCCUGUCAAGGGUAAGGACGAGUUCAUACAGAGUGCCAUGUUUUCGAACGCAAGGCUUCGUCUGCUCAUGAAUAUCGUUGGCUUCGAGCGCCUGGGUGUAGAAGAUGUGCUUGGUGCUUCUUGGAUUGUCCCAUCAUCUUUGAAACAUGAUGACCUGCGGGAGUCUAUCUCUGAGAUACUGAAGGCCCUUCAAACCCCCUUCUCAGGAGAGGGCGACGAUGAUCCCCGCAAGCACCUCCAAAAGAAGGAUAGAGGAUCUGGCCGGGGUGACAUGCUCCAAGGCACACUCGACGUCAACUUUGGAUCGGACUCCGAAGGCGAGGACGUUCCGGAAGGACCUCUAUUCCCCGCGAACCUACGGUCAAAAGCUAGUGCGCUAGAUGAGCUAAAGAAGAAGCGCAAGAAGAAAUCAAAGCCCAGCGCCGAAAGGGAACCGCUAGAUGAUGAGACCCUGGAAGCGCGGCGUGACGCCCGUCUAUCGAAUGCCCUCUCUCGACAGGCAAAGAUCAAGAGUGAUCUAUUCAUCCACGCAAGUGACGACGAAAGUGACGAGGAAGCCGACAGAGAAUUUUUCCGCCUCGAAGAAGAGCGUCGAAAGAAACAAGCUGCCGAAGUUAAAAAAGCUCUGCUUACUGGGCCUGGGCAUUCAGAGAAGUCAAGCAAAGAUAAAGGCAAGAAAGCUGCUGCACGCAAGCGAACUAGUGACACCGGUGCAGCCGAAAAGUCGAAGCGACAGCGUCGUGACUCUGGUUCUGCCAGCGCUGAGAGUGAUGCCGACGGUGAUAUCCUGAUGGCAGAACUCGAUGCCCAAUCAUCUCACUCUCAGAACGACCUCAUAGAUGACGAAGACCGUAUUGUAUCUGAUGGGGACGAUCUUGCCUUCGACGACGAUCUUGCGUUCAGCCGUGAUCGUCCGAGCAAGCCCGAAGUCCCGGAGGCUGAUGAUGACGAGGAUGUCCCCGUUGCUUCAGCUCGCAGACGUAUGCGUGGCGGUUUUGUGAUCGAAAGUGACUCCGAAUAA